CCAUUCUUGGGUUAUUGGAUGAGGACAACACCGCUGCUUGUUCGCAUGCGUGCGCCCUCUACAAUGAUUGAGCUCUUCUGGAGCUUAAUCGUCUUCCUUGAUCUGUAACAUCCUCUAUUUGUGUUCGGCGCAUGGUGUUUCUUCCCGCUUUAGCUUGCCUUCCCAGACCUCCUUUCCAUAUGUUUUUUCGAGCCUCUAUAGAACUAUAGUUGCCAUUUACAUGCUCAAUUCAUGGAUAGAUAUUCAUUGGCACUCUUUGCAUUCCUUUUACCCUAAUGGCACCUACUCCACCGCCAAAGCAGAAAGGAAAGUUGACCCUUGCUCAGCUUGCGGCUUACGAUGACAUUGUCACCGACGCGUUGGUCGAUCGCGCGUUUUUCUGGACCAAGAUUCGUAAGAACCGACCCAAAUACUUUGCCGUUCGGGGGGUUGUGGAGGACGAUGUCACCUCGAUAUUGCUGCACGACGUUAUCGUCGCCAAAGACGUGAUAAAGGCGGAAAAGUCAUUGCUGAAUCUCUCGGGCCUCAGAAAAUAUGUUGAGACGCUCAAAUCUGACAAGGAGAAGGAAUGGUUCCGUCGCCACCUUCGAAAAUAUAUUGCAAUUUACCUCCCCGACUGCCCUUUCGAAGUCACGACUACGAACCGCUACACCAUCACUACCCAUGAGGCUGCGCUGUCAGCCAGGAAAUUUAUACGCACUGGUGACACUAUUAAGCAUCUUUCGGGGACCCUCGUCGCAAUUACCCCUGAGGAGGAAAAGACCCUCGACCUGACAAGGCGAGAUUUCAGUAUUGUCAUGUCAAGUAGGAAAAAGACACCAUCGCUUUUCCUUGGACCAGCGAGAUUCUCGAAUCAUGACUGCAAUCCCAACGCUCGGCUGGUUACAAAGGGCUCAGAAGGCAUGGAAAUCGUGGCCAUUAGGGACAUAUCCAUCGGCGAAGAGAUUACUGUAUCAUACGGGGAAAAUUACUUCGGGGUAGAUAAUUGCGAAUGCCUCUGCCAUACUUGCGAACUUUCCCUGAGCAAUGGAUGGUCCCCAGGUGGCCCGCCGGAACACGAUAGUCGUGCCUCCACACCAGAAACAACUGAACACCAGGAGAAAAGUUCCUCAGGCUCCGAGAAGAGAAAAAGCCCUCCCGAAUCUCCUUCACACCCGUCAGAAGAUAUGCCUUCAAAAAGGCCUAAGUUCGAAAACAUAUUAAAUCUACGACUAGAAAUUUCCCCUCCAAGCAGCCCUGACCCUAUUGCUGAGCCUUUGAUCACGGUUAACGGCGGCUUACGUGCGUUGAGAAGUCACUUCGCUUCGUUGGCCGGUAAAUCUGACCUACGACACUUUCAGAAACCCCAUUCGAAUUUCAUCUCAGCCUCGUCUUCGAGCGACCAAACUUCCUGCAGUUUAUGUCCGGAUGACGAGGCACCUACUUCCACGAGGUCAACAUCAGCCACAUCGAUCAGCGAUUCAAAUGUGCAGGUAAAAACUGAACCUACAGUGGAGCAGCAACCCAGGGCCUCAUCUGAAACCGCCCCCAAGACCAUUUCGGGAGAUCAUGGUUUACACGUUCAAGACAUUAUCCGAGAUAAUGAUGAAUCGGACUUAUCAGACCUCUCUGCAUCGUGGGAAAUCAAUGACCGUGAAAUGACAGCUGUCAAGCGAGAGCCUGUUAAGAAGAAGAAGAGGAAACGAAAAAGUAGCAUUAUCCCCACUAUUGAACAUGAAGCCCCAAAAGCGCGAACGCCGGGCGAUUAUACGAAAACUCCAAAGCUCCUUGCACAGCGGUAUGACCGCUGGGUGGAUUGCCAGACGUGUAAUGCUUGGUUUGUCCAAGGAGACGCCUAUCUCACUCGGAAAGAAUGUCCACGAUGCGAACGACAUUCCAAGCUAUAUGGCUAUCGUUGGCCUAAAACCGACAGGGAAGGUCGGAAUGAUACUGAGGAGCGUGUGAUGGAUCAUCGCACUAUCCACCGGUUCUUGAGGACGGAAGAUGAAGCGCGUGUUCAGCGCCGAGGCCGUGGUGUCAGCCAUGCAACCAGUCCGACGCCGGACGUUUCUGAGAACAAGACAGAAACGGAUGCAAGCGAGUUCGGCGACGAAAGACGACUUACAAGGUCACUGAGGCGUGCGAGGAGUUCUUUACGUCUAGCAAUAUGAUUGCAGUAAAAUCCGCUGCUAGACUUCUACAUAACCUGGUUCUUGACCAUUGAAUUACCCAAUAUUUUGCAUCUUUUUGUGCAUUUAGAUUUUUGCAACUGCAAAAAUCCUUUGGGGGAACAUGGUGAAUCGGCCUAUUUUGUAUGAAUAUAUGGGACCUUUAUUCGGAAUUGAAUGCUUUGUGCGACUUUGGGCUUAGGUCAUAUUCGUCGAUGGCAAUAUAGAAUCAGCCUUUGUUUCCAAGG